AUGAAAAGAAAUUUUAUUGAUAAUCAUACUUUUUACAAAGAUAUUCAGAGGGCUGACGUUAGAGCUGUCAAGGGAAAAGUUCAGCAACUGCAAGGAACGCCAUCUCUGGGUGCUUUUCUAAAAUUAUCCUACCCUGACCCAAGGACACUAGCUAAACAGUACCCUGACCCGGCUCAAUCCAGUCAAACUCAGCAAACAAAACAAGAAGGAAAAGUAAUAUUUGUGGCUGAGAGGGAAACCCCUGUUGAUGAUAAAAAAGAGGAUUUUAUUCAAAAAUGGCAGAACUCGGAAAAUAUUUCCAGACCGGGGACUGGGAAAGUCCCAAGUCAGGAAAGUAAAGAAGAGUUAGUUGAUGAUAGUGUUCAGCAAGAUGAACAAGACGUGAAUACUCCCAUUGAACAGCAAAAUGAACAACGAACAGAUGAACAAAAUGAAACCUUGAGACUCAAAAAACAGAAAAUACCUGUCUUCAAAUCACAGAGUAAAGGGCCUAACCCUAUGAACCGAAUAGGACCCAAGGGUAUUGCAAAAGGGCCUAAUCCUGCAAACAGGAGAGGACCUCAGAGUUCAGAGCACAAAUUGGAUAACUUUUUUAUCUCUUACAAUCUUGCUAAUUACAGAGGUGUUUACUGCGUACUUCAAGCCUGCAGAUCAAAUGGCAACGAACAUUAUUAAAUAAUAUUUUAAACUUUGUGUUUUUUCUUCUAAGAAAUAUAAAUAUUUAGCAUUUU